CAACAGAAAAAAUAGCCAGAGAAAGGAAAAGAACGAGAUUACCCGGCCGCCUUGCCACCCGUGUACAACAAGCGACGGUCCGGAAAUUUCCUCGUGCAUACGGAAGAAUUUAAACUGUGCGAGGAUAAAGAACGCCCGGUGCGCGCUACGCACUCCCCACCCACAAAAGAAAACUUCUCUCAUUCGUGCCUUGACGAGUACCCAUAGCGAAGAACACAGCCAAUGAAUCGAUCAAGCCUCCCAAUCAAGCUCCCUUUAGCUCCAUCCCUCGCCAUCGGUCUUCCUCUAGGGUUUCUUCCUCUGUAACGUAAUCGCUUUCGUCAACCCCUAACUGUUUAUUUUUCAUUGCCUCGGCUGAUUCCUCUAGUGUUCGCGGGAAUCUAGGGUUUAGAGCUUCGAUCUCUAUGCGAAGAUGUAUAGCAAUUUCAAAGAGCAAGCAAUAGAGUACGUUAAGCAAGCGGUGCACGAAGAUAAUGCGGGGAAUUACAGCAAAGCCUUUCCGCUGUACAUGAAUGCGUUGGAGUACUUCAAGACUCAUUUGAAGUACGAGAAGAAUCCCAAGAUUAAGGAGGCGAUUACGCAGAAAUUUACAGAGUAUUUGCGGCGUGCAGAAGAGAUCCGUGCCGUGUUGGAUGAUGGGGGGGCUGGGCCCGCGGCCAACGGGGAUGCAGCAGUGGCCACGCGGCCGAAGACAAAGCCCAAGGAUGGGGAGGGGGGUGACGGGGAGGAUCCAGAGCAGGCAAAGCUGCGAGCGGGGUUGCACUCUGCAAUUAUUAGGGAGAAGCCUAAUGUGAAGUGGAACGAUGUGGCGGGGCUUGAGAGUGCCAAGCAGGCGCUGCAGGAGGCGGUCAUCUUGCCGGUGAAGUUUCCACAAUUUUUUACUGGGAAGAGGCGGCCAUGGAGGGCUUUUCUAUUGUAUGGUCCCCCAGGAACAGGGAAGUCAUACUUAGCCAAGGCUGUUGCAACUGAAGCAGACUCCACAUUUUUCAGUGUUUCUUCUUCAGAUUUGGUUUCAAAGUGGAUGGGUGAAAGUGAAAAGCUUGUUUCAAACCUUUUCGAAAUGGCUCGUGAAAGUGCUCCUUCCAUCAUAUUCGUUGAUGAAAUAGAUUCCUUAUGUGGCCAGCGUGGUGAAGGCAAUGAGAGUGAAGCUUCUCGUCGAAUCAAAACUGAACUUCUUGUCCAGAUGCAGGGUGUAGGCCACAAUGAUGAGAAAGUUCUUGUUCUUGCUGCAACAAACACUCCCUAUGCUCUGGAUCAGGCCAUCCGGAGACGAUUUGACAAGCGUAUAUACAUUCCUCUUCCAGAUUUGAAGGCUAGGCAGCACAUGUUCAAAGUGCAUCUAGGAGAUACCCCUCACAACUUAACUGAAAGUGAUUUUGAACUCUUAGCUCGCAAGACUGAGGGCUUUUCUGGUUCAGAUAUUUCUGUUUGUGUUAAGGAUGUUCUUUUUGAACCUGUUCGUAAAACCCAAGAUGCAAUGUUCUUUAUUAAAAAACCUGAUGAUGUGUGGGUGCCUUGUGGACCAAAGGAGCGAGGUGCUGUCCAAAUUACUAUGCAGGAUCUUGCAGCUCAAGGGCUUGCUUCGAAGAUCCAUCCACCCUCAAUCACAAAAACAGAUUUUGAUAAGGUGCUUGCCAGACAGAGGCCAACCGUGAGCAAAUCUGAUCUUGAGGUGCAUGAGAGAUUUACGAAGGAGUUUGGCGAGGAAGGUUAAUGUGUUUUGAUGAAAUGGAGCCACAUUGAUCUUGCACUGCACUGGUUGUGAGCUCAGUUAUCAUAAUUUGUCUUAAUGCUGCUGGAUUCAAAGGUACAUAUUUCCUUCUUAAUUAUUGAGUGGGAACGGAACCUGGCUUCCCUUUUUUUCUGUAUUCAGAAGGAAACAAUGAGGUUUGAUACUUUCAAAUUGCUUUGUUUCUAUUUGUGUAAAGAAUUGCAAGAAUAUUGCCUCAUAAAGUUGAUAAUGUAUGUUAUGCUGGUUGCCUAGGAUGUUCCAGCCUGUAUUCCUUUGCCAA